AACUAACAACUCCAACACCCACUCCAUAAUGAUAUAUUUCUUUCUCUCUCUCUCUCUCUCUCUCUGAUACCAAACUUGGGUUUGGGUUCAGCGUACAUUUCAUCACAUAAAUCAUUCUAGCUUAUUCCUAAAGCCAACUGGGUUCAAUAUAACUUGUACCCAUUUUUCUGGUUUCCAUGCUCUUAAGAUCUACAGAUGAUAUUAGUACUGUAUCUCAGCUAGCUAGCUUUGUAGUAGCUCCGUACGUUUUCUUGCUGGUUUAUUGUUUUACUUCUAUGAAGCUGGGAUGAGAGAUCGUGCAGAAAGAUUUGCAGUUCUUCCUUUCUCAGUUGGCUGCACUUCAGAGUCCAGCGUUGCUCUAGGCGCCUCAGCUAAACAGAAGAAACCAAAGCCAGAAUCAAACCGGCCUCCUCUAAUGAGAAGAGAAGAAGGAGAAGAAAGGCCAUCCAGAUCAAAAAUGAAGAAUUCUUUUGGUUUUCUUGCUCUACCAAAGCCGAACAUUGCUGGUGGGAUACAGCGAGUGUUCAGAAGCAUCAAAAGUUUUUCUCAACUCUUUGUUUACAAAGAAGAGAAUGAAGAGAUGGAAAAGGAGAUGGAAAUUGGAUAUCCAACAGACGUGAAACAUGUCACACACAUAGGGUUGGAUGGGUCAACGACAACAAACCCAGCAAAGGGAUGGGAAAAUCUGACAGCUCCUGAAAUCAUUUCUUUCCCUUCAAUUUCUUUGAGGCAGUUCGAGCUCGCCAUGGCAGCACAGGCUCACGAACCACCUCUCGUAGAUCAUGUUGCUCCUAAUUGAUCAAAGUUUAGUUAAAAUGAUUGAUUAUUUUGACUACGAAGUAUAAAGAUGAUGAUGAUUAGGUACCGAUCGAGUGGUGAAGACAAGUCUUAAUAUUGGAUUGAAAACUUAUGGUGAUGACCUUAUUGCAUGUGUGCUAGCAGAUAGCUUUGUAUACAGCCUGAAAAAAUCACAUCCAAAACAACGUUUUCGGUUUUUGUUGUGUACUUCUUUCCUGCAAACAGCUAGGUGCUGAUGACAAGAGUGCUACUGCAUCUUCUGUAGAGAUCUUGCAAACCCUGAUUCAAACUUCUUUACAAAUGUGCUAUAUAUAUAUAUAUAUGGAUGAUUUACUUGAAUCAUAUACACACAUAUUGUGUGUGUGUGUUUUUAUGUUGUUUUUACCUUGAACAGCGGGAGAUGUUAAAAAAUCUUAUCCUUUCCUCUC